UUGGAAACUUGGAAAGGGAAUGGGAUAGACAAAGGGGGGAGGGGGAGAGAGAUAGGGGAAGGGUUGGUGGAAUCUUCUUCUUUCCCUCAGUUUUCUCUCUUUUGCAGCUCCAAAACGAAGGAGGAAAAAGACGUAAAAUUCUGUUUGCUGAGCAUUUGGUGACUGAAGAAAUAAACAAAGAAGGAGAGAUGGAGGACGCAAUUCGAGCAAGGUAUUGGUGCCACAUGUGUUCUCAAAUGGUGAAUCCCAUCAUGGAAAUAGAAAUGAAAUGCCCCUUUUGCCAAAACGGAUUUAUAGAGGAAAUGAAUGGCACUACAAGGGAUAAUCAAGACGCUGACUCUGAUUUUGGAUCCGAUCGAGCACUCUCCCUCUGGGCUCCGAUCUUGCUUGGCAUGAUGAACAAUCCCCGUCGUCGUAGAAGAUUAAGACGACUAGACUUUGAUGAAGAUGAUGAUGAUGACAAUGACAAUGAUGAUGGUGAGACUCGCCAGGGCAGAGACACUGAAUUGGACAGAGAACUUGAAUCAAUCAUCCGAAGGAGGAGGAGAAGCUCAGCUUCUUUUCUACAGCUGCUUCAAGGCAUUCGAGCUGGCUUGGCAUCUGAAUCUGAGAAUUCUGAGGGUGAUAGGGAUAGGGAUAGAGGGAGAGAAAGAGAACGGGAGAGGGAGCGUGUAAUUCUUAUCAAUCCUUUCAAUCAAACCAUCAUUGUUCAGGGAUCUUACGAUUCAAAUCAGGGUCAAAUCAACAAUCACACCCCUAUCAGUUCAUUAGGCGAUUAUUUCAUUGGGCCUGGUUUGGAUUUGUUGCUGCAACAUUUGGCAGAGAAUGAUCCUAAUAGGCAUGGGACUCCGCCAGCACAAAAGGAGGCAGUGGAAGCGCUGCCCGCUGUGACAAUCAAGGAGAAUAUGCAGUGUUCAGUGUGCUUGGAUGAUUUUGAGGUUGGUGUAGAAGCCAAAGAGAUGCCAUGUAAGCAUAAGUUUCAUAGCGGGUGUAUUCUGCCAUGGUUGGAGCUUCAUAGUUCCUGUCCGGUUUGCAGGUUCCAGUUGCCUGCUGAUGAAUCAAAGCGUGAGUCAGAUAUUUCCAGGAACAGCAGUAACUCGAGGGAGAGUGAAGAGAUUGGCGAUGUUGGUGGUGGUGGUGGUGGUGGGGAAGAGGGAGAUGGGGAUGGGAGGAACCGAAACGGGAGAAGGUUUUCAAUUCCGUGGCCUUUCAGUAGUCUGUUUUCUCACUCAGGAUCUCAGUCGGGUGGCAGUGGGGGAAAUUCAUCGUCAGCAGGAGCGAAUGCAACUGGAAGUGGAAGUGCUUCUCAAACAGAAGAGAAUUGAGUAUAUUUUUCAAUUAUUUAAGUUGGUAUAUGAUGUUCUUGUCCGUUACGUGGCUUCAAUCGUUUUCUACGCUGCUGGUGUACAUAGUAUCUUACUUGAAUGUGAAUCAUGGAAUGUUCAAAUUGGGUUUUUUGUUUGUUAGUUUGUUAGAAGGAUCGUCGUUUGUAGAUGUUUUGGCCUCCUACCCAGUACGACAAGAACUACUCAUGUUGCUAUAUAUACAUGAUAUGUGAGUGAAUUGCUUUCUCAA